AUGGCUGAUGAUGGUGAAGUUACCAAGAUGGAUCUUGUCUGUGAUGAAAGUCCAGAUGAUAAACCUUUAACUAUCUCAGAAAAUGGUAAAUCAAAUAAUGAAGGUGAUUUAAGAAAUGGUAUAAAUUCUGAUAAUGCUGAAAAUAUAAAUGGUCAAUUAGAACCACCGGUAAAAAAAUUUAAAUCAGAAAUUAAUACAGGAGAAGAAAAUACAAGUCCUGUUCCUGAUGAUCCUAAAAAUGAAAAGGAUUUAAAAAAUCACGCAUCUUCAAAUGGCUUCUCAACAAACAACGAUAAGACAGGUGUAGAAACAGAAAAUGAAGUACAAAAUUUAGAUAAAAGUGCGGGUAAAAAUUACAGUGAUGAAUGUUCUGAUGAUAUUCCUAAAAUAACUAAAGAAAUAACAAAAAAUGAAAUUACUGAAAAGAAUGAACCAUAUAGUUUUGAGAAUUUGUUAGAUGGUAUAGAAAAAACAUUUAUUGAAGAAUGUAAAAAACCAACAGCUACAAAAUGUAAAGUGUUAGAUACAAUAUUAUUUGGCAUACAUAAUGAAGUUAGGAGUCAUCAAGAGGAAGUUAAAAAAAUGAUACAGGGAAAGAAAAUUACUCUACCUAAUUGUAUUUAUGUACCACCUUCUUUAACAGUUGACAUGGUUUUUGAACAUGAUCCAGAAGUAUCCUUUGAUGCAUUUUUUGCUAAGACAUUUGAAACUAAAAAGCCACAACCUACAGAAGAUGAAAAGAAAAAAAAAGCAAUAUUUAAAUCUAUUUUUAAAUCUCCAAAUAUGAGUCAACUUAUUAUGGAUAUUGGUGACGGUUUAGUAAAAGAACACGUCUAUGGUGAUAUUGUAUUCCAAAGAAAUCUCCCAGAGCCACCGCGUUCUCCAGAAGAGUAUGAAAGAGUUGUUAUUCAACUAAGACCACUUUAUGAGCAGGUUAAAGAAGAUAAUAAACCAUAUAAAGUUAAAUAUAAAAAAUGUAAAGCGUGUGGCUUUAAAACAGAAUCUCAAGUUAUUCUCGCAGAACAUCUUCAAAAACUUCAUUUUGAUGGAAAAAGAUAUCGUUGUACAUAUUGCUCUGAAGUUGAUGCUAGUGAGAAGAAAAUUCUUAAACACAUUAGAAAUGUUCACGAAAAAGAACCUGUCAUUGACCCUGUUCCAGAUAAGUAUCAAUGUCCAAUAUGUGAAGAAAAUUUCCCAUUUAAAGGACCAAGAGAAGCUCAUUAUAAGAUCUGUAAAAAAGAUAGAAUGAGGGUAUUUAAUAUUCAAAGGAUCGAUGAAGAGAAAGAUAUCAAUGCUAUUAAUAAAUUAUUUGAUUCUCAAUUGAAGUAUUACAAUCCAUUACAGGAAGCCCAACUUCGAGCUGAAGCUGAAAGAGUCAAAUUAGAAAAAGAAAAACAACAACAGAUGCAAAUGUUAGAAAAGGCUAAAAAAGAAGCUGCAGCUAAAGCGGCAAAACGUACAGCAUCUAAUGAUUUGAAGAAUGCUUCACAAAACUUUAAUGCUGCUGCAAUGGCAAAUUUGAUGAGGUCGAAUCCACAACUUGCUCAUAUGGCUGCACUUUCAGAAAUAUUAUCUAAAAUGAAUCCAUCAGAUGCAUUAAAAUUAAUGCAACAACAAGCACACGCUGUUGCAGCAACCAAUAAAGGGAAUGAACAAAGUGCCCUUCAACAACAGGCUCAAUUUAUUCAACAGUUAAUACUUAUGCAAACAACCAAACAAAUUAGUCCUCAACAACAAUUGGGAAUGAUUCAAAUGGCACAACUAGUGCAGUUAUUAAAAAAUCAACAACAACAAACACAGUUACAACAAUUAGCUCAACAACAAGCAUCUUCUUCAACUGCCUCUGCUUCGACUUCUAAACCUCAAAAUAAUAAUUCAUCUGAUACUCAAAGAAUAUGGCUUGCUAUGAUGGAGAAAGCUGUAAGUACAAGGGUCAUUCCUCCAGAUUUACGAAAACACAUUGAUCAUAUUAGAAAAGACAAAAAUACAAUGAAUGAUAUUAUACAAAAGAUAAUGAAAUUGGAUGAAAAUAUUAAAAAAAAUUCAAAUUAUAAGUUGUCGCAAGAGGAUAAAUUUGUUCAACAUAUGUAUAUCAUACUUAAAAUAAUAUCCGAUGAAGAAGAAGCUGCUAAGAAAAAAAUUUCAUGUGAGUUAUGUAACCAAAGUCAGUCAAAUAAAUCUUCACUUUUUCUUCAUUUACGAUCUGAGCAUAAGCAGCUGUUAUAUAAAGAACCAUCGUAUAUGGAUAAUGGACCUUCUAUUCCGUGUGAAAAAUGUAGUGCUAAGUUUUUUACAUGGCUUGCAUUGGAAAGGCAUUAUUUUGAUAAACAUAAUCUUGUUACAGUUGAUCUUCUUCAUAAAGCACAGAGAAAUGAAGAUGGUGGUGUAUGUAAAUUAUGUAAAAAUACAUUUAAGAGUGGUUUUGUUACACAUAUGGUUAGGGAACAUAAACAAGAAGUUGCUUCAAUAGCAAUAAGUCCUAGUUGUGAUUUUUGCAGUGUCAAAGCAAAUUCAUAUGCUGAACUGAUACUACACAUUUCUGAGAAGCACAAACGGUGA